AUGUCUAAACCGGUCUUAAAAGCAUCCGAUAUUCCAGACGAGUUGAGGAAUGAGAUUUUUGAAAUUAGUGUACAGGCUGUUGACCAAUUUCAGCUUGAGCGUGAAAUUGCAGCAUAUAUCAAAAAGGAUCUAGAUGUCAAGCAUGGCCAGACUUGGCAUGUUAUCGUGGGUAAGAACUUUGGCAGUUAUGUAACUCACGAGAAAGGCCAUUUUCUAUAUUUUUAUAUUGGGCCCUUGGCAUUUUUAGUCUUUAAAACCGCUUAA